AUUAUUCUUGUCAACCGACGCGAAGCCGAGGCUGAAGUGGACACCUGAGCUCCAUGAUAGGUUCAUAGAAGCAGUUAAUCAACUUGGUGGAGCAGACACAUCGUCUUGCAGAAGCUACACCGAAAACAAUCAUGAGACUCAUGGGAAUUCCUGGACUGACGCUGUAUCACCUCAAAAGCCAUCUUCAGAAGUGCAGGCUCAGCAAAGCUCAGGCACACACUGGAGGAGGCAGUAAGAGUGGUAAGAGCAGCAUCCCAAUUUGCAAUCAGACUGUCUCAAUAAGACACAAUGUUGCAGCAGAGAGACCGAGCGAAACUGAUAUCAUUCGACAGCCGAAUAGGCCUAUUCAGAUAAAUGAAGCACUGAUAAUGCAAAUUGAAGUGCAAAGACAGCUACAAGAACAAUUGGAGGUUCAGAGGCAUUUACAACUCCGAAUCGAGGCGCAGGGGAAGUACUUGCAGUCGGUGCUGGAGAAGGCUCAAGAGGCACUAGGGAAGCAGAAUCAACUCUCUGAACUGGUCUCCAGUGCAGUCUCAAAUGGAUGCUUAAGCAAUGCAGUUCCAGUUCCUGAAGAUCUUCUUCCCAACUCCAACAGUAGUUUCCUUACACCAUCUGAAGGCUUACAAAAGGAACGAGAAUCGAAUCGAAAGCCAUUUUCGUCUUCUAUUUCGGGAGGAGGAGGAGCUGCUGCAGAAGCUGACACUGAAAAACUCGAUCUCAAUGUGGAUGAAGAUGAUGAUGAAGGUGCAAUUGAGAGCAAAAUUGACUUGAACUGAAAGUGAAAUAGAAGAUGAUUUAUGGAGAAUGUUGAAUCAAAAUUUGUGUUUUAGAUG